ACACACACACACACACACAAACACACACACAAACACAUACAGAGGCAGAGACACACAUAUAAAAAGAAGGAAGGAUGCUUCUGCCAUCAUCGCUAUCACCUUGUCCAGCAGGAGAGAAAGAGACAUCCGCCCGGAUAGCUGGACAAAAUCCCGUCCCAUGGAUUCUCUCAAGAUACUCACAACCCUUACGGUGGCCUUUUGGUUUCCGAGUGGAUGCUACACCAGUUCUGAAGGAUCCUGGUGUUACAUGGAGCCACAAUGUGGUCCUAGAACCUGGAUAUCUCUUGGUCAUUGCAAUGGCAAGAGACAGUCACCCAUCAACAUUAUUCAGAGAGACGCUUCCCACAACCCCAGCCUGGGUCCUGUGAAUCUUGUGGGUUAUGAUAACCGCAAAAAGCUGCUGGAAAUCAAGAAUACUGGAAAAACAGUUGACGUAUCCCUGGAAGAUGGUCUUCAUCUCGCUGGUUUCGGCCUUCCCGCCCGCUAUACAGCCAAAUCCUUUCACCUUCACUGGGGAGAUGGUGCCACACGACCUGGUUCAGAACAUCAGAUUGAUGGCAAACAAUAUUCAAUGGAGUUGCACAUCGUACAUACUAAAAACAACCUUAGCAUCUCAAAUGCUGUGAAGGAUUCAAAGGGCAUCGCAGUGCUGGCAUUUUUUAUCGAGGAAUCUGAGAAGGCUAAGAGCAAAACUGAAGAGGCGUGGGAAUUGUUUGCCAAGAACCUCAAAAAAAUUUCCAAAAAAGAUGAAGAUGUGCUUCUUGACGGCUCUUUUUCUCUGCUGGAUUUGAUGGGUUCCAAUGACUUCACCCGUUAUUACCGCUAUGCCGGAUCCCUCACCACCCCUGGCUGUGACGAGGCUGUGAUAUGGACCAUCUUUGCUGACCCCAUCCCGGUGCCUCCUAAAGUGGUCAGGAAAUUUGCUUCAGAGCUCUCGUCUACGGAGUCUUCAAAGGGACCCCAGCUAAUAAACAACUUCCGUCCCAUACAGAAGAUUGGAGAUCGCAAAGUGGAGGCAUCUGAUGCUUUGAAGUCUGCAGCCACCAUUUUUGUUUUUGCUCCCACUGUAUUCAUCCUCUUCCUGUCUAUCGCCACCUUUCUACCAGUCUUCUCUGUGUAGGGGAGGAUGGCAGAAGUGAACCCUGCGGACUUGCAGUUCCUGAGUGGUCAUAGCUAGGCGACCACCUUUGUGCCCUCCACAUGCUCGAUUUUACCUCCUCCUCAUCUGUAACCAGCUUAUUCAGGGGCAGAAAUCCAGGAAAAUAAAUUUGGAAAGUUGGAAGGUUGCUAAGGAUCAAAUAGUUUCGGUUGGCAAGGUCCAGGAAAAGAGGCUUUUCUGUUGUAGUCCCCGCCUUAUGGAAUAUUCUCCCACUUUGGAAGUGAAGUCCAUUCUGCGACUUGACCUGAGGCCACGACAUAGUUCUGCUACUUAUUUAUUGGGAGUGACCGACUGGUUAGAGAAGAUCUUUAUUCCCACGUCACCCACCAUCUUGGCUGUUUAGCUUUGUAUUUAAUUCUCCUAAUUUUAAUUGCUUUGUAUUGCCUUUUUUUUUUGUAUGUUUUAUUGUAUUGUAAGCUGCCUGGAGUCACUGUAUCAGUGAACUGUGUGGCAAAAUAAACA